UUGGCUUGCAAGAGAGGAGACGGCCCGGAGUCCGGACUCUAGUCCUAGACACACUGACAGCUAGGACUCGUCGGAGGACAGGACAUUGGCAGGAGAUACUGUGUUUCUCCGCAAGCUGCUAGUGCUGGGUCCCCUCGCUGCACAAGGACUCCACAAUGGCCUUGACAGCUUGCUGCCGUGUGGGAAGCAUUUUCAAGCUGCCACUGGAUAUUGCCGCCAAGCAGUCGUGUUCGCAAAGACACUUCAAGACUUGCUCCGGUCCUAUAAGCAGCCUAAGAUUAGGCAGCAUUGCAUACCACCAAGGCCCCGCGGCACAGUUCUUGCUGAGGCAAGUGCAGACUCCCGCGCACCAUGUUGGUCACCAUAAUGUAGACAGUACUGGGCACACGACAAGAGCGGCAGAGCCCGCAGUCGCGAAUGGAAAGCCAGCUCACACAAAGUCCUUUCAAAAUGUCAAAACGGAAGAAGAGUUGUUGGCUGGCAUCCAAGCCGAGAUUGCUGCCAAGCGGUUGCCCUCGCGGGCGGGCCCAGGAAUGCAGCUGUUCUACAACAAUUACAAGAAAGCGAUGCUUAGCAGCGGGCGGCCGGAUGCAGAAGAGACUGCAGUGCGUGUUAUGUCUAUGGUGUUUGACCGGAUCAUGGUCCAGUUCGAGGACCCAUUCACAUUCAAUUCGCACCACCUUGCCAUCAGAGAACCGUACGAUUACUACCGCUUUGGCCAGGAGUAUGUGGGGCCUCUCCUCAACUUCAGUGAGUCGUACUUGGGCAACCUGCACCUGUUUGAUGCGAUGGAGGAACAGCUACGAGCGGGCCACAACGUGGUGCUGCUGUCCAACCACCAGACGGAGGCAGACCCCGCCGUCAUCGCACUGCUGCUGGAGCACUCCCACCCCUUCCUGGCUGAGAACCUGACGUACGUUGCUGGUGACCGCGUGGUACACGACCCUUUCGCCAAGCCCUUCAGCAUGGGCAGGAACCUGCUGUGCGUGUACUCCAAGAAGCACAUCAACGACGUCCCCGAGCUGGCCGCCGAGAAGACCAAGGCCAACCGGCGCACCCUCGUUGAGAUGGCCCGCCUCUUCAAGGCGGGGGGACAAUUCAUUUGGAUCGCUCCCAGUGGGGGCCGGGAUCGACCAGACCCCGCCACAGGACAGUGGGUGCCGGCCGCGUUUGACGACUCUUCGGUAGAGUUGAUGCGGCGAUUGUCCGACGACAGCCCCGUGCCCGGGCACCUGUACCCGCUCGCCGUCCUGUGCCACGACAUCAUGCCGCCACCGCCCACGCUGGACAAGGCGCUGGGCGAGCAGCGGAUCACCAACUACCAUGGGGUGGGCAUGUCCGUGGGGCCGCAACUGCAUUUCGAGGAGGUCUGUCAAGGGAUCGAGGAUAGAAAACAGGCCCGUGCCGUCUACUCUGCCGCAGCGUUUGCCGCAGUGGAGGAGCAGUACAAGGUCCUCGAGGCGGCCGUGCACGGCAGCAAGGGCACCGCCUCGUCCACCGCGGCAGUGCGGCUGGAGCAACCCUGGAAAGUGGAAAAGGACGCGGCCCUGGUCUCAUGACGAUUUCGGGCCACAUGUAGGCGCAGGUGGCAGGCUGACGUAGUGACGCGCGCACAACCAGGUUUCACGUAGCAUCAGGGUCAAGCGCUUGGCCACGGUACGAAAGCACAGACUGACGACACGUCACCCCUGCAAUCUUGCAAGAAGCUUCGGAACUCUGGUCGAAGCUGCUUGAGGCUGAUGCCUCAAGACAAUCCUUUGGUUACCUUCGGAAAGCAGUCGGGCUGGGCUGGGUCGGGGCCGCCCUUGCCUGGCACGUUAUAUGCACUAUUGAGAUAUGCACAAUUCGUGACGCAUCACUGAUAGGUCGAAACGAUCGAGGAUCAGAUCUGGACAAUCCGCUUGUUAAUGCGCAGGUGGUAAGCCUGAAGUGAGUCUAAUCAACCAAAAGUGAUCAUUGAAUUUUGAGAGUUGCCAGUCAUUCAGAUCUGGUUUGAAACCAUUCUUUGGUACUGUGGGUCAGUGCAAGGUGAGCUAGCUAAAGACUUCCGCUAAAAUGCCAUCACGUGAGUCAGUGCAUGGCAAAAAAGUUCCCCC